AUGAAUACCAUUCAAAAGAAAUCAGCAUCAUCGAUCACUGAUACUAAAAAAACAUCAUUACCAAUAACGAAUAAUAUAGCUGUUGCAUCUUCGAGUAAUUUAUCAAAGUCAGUCCAAGACGAUGUUCAAAAACCAUCGAUAUAUGAAGAAUAUUCGGUUUUACAAUUUAAUGAUACUAAUACAGAUAAUAUUCGUCAUAUUGAAUUAAAAGAAGCAUUAGGGUUAGAUUUCAAUUCUUUUCUACCUGGUAACAAUCAAACUCAAAUACAUUUUAUCAGUAAUGUUCAACCAUAUUCAAUACCUUACAAAGCUGGUUUACGUGAUGGUGAUCGCAUUUUAACAGUUAACGGUUUAGAUAUAACAAAUAAUACACAUGAAGAUGUCCGAAAUAUGAUUUUGAAUAAGUCCGCAGUAAAAUUAACAGUUAUGUAUGAUCCAAAAUAUUUAAGUUUAAUUCAAUGCACUAAGAGCGAUCUAAAUAAAACAACUUCUUCGCCACGAUCAAAUUAUGAAUCUAAAGAGAGAAAACUAUCAAAGGAUUUGAAUACUAUUUUAUUUCUUGAUAGUCAAGGUCCCGUUAAUAUAAAACAUUGUAUUAUUAAAAAAGAAAGCGCUUAUAAAAUGAUAGGUUUUUUAUUGCGUUAUACAGCUAAUCUUCAUAUGACCGAUGGUGUUAAAAUUAAUUUUCCAGCUUAUAAUAGUGGCCUACGUAGUGGUGAUGUUAUUCUAUUCAUUAAUAAAAAGAAUAUUGAACAAAUGACACAUAAUGAUGUUAAAGUGAUUAUUCAAACACUAACAAAUUCAAAUCAAACUAUUGAUUUAAUAGUAAUUAAUAAGAAUGAUAUGCAACGCUACAGAAAUUAUAAAGAAAAUAAUGUUAUCGAUUGGAAUAGUAUUCUAUCAAACAAUAAUGAAGAUGAUAAAAAUGAAGAACAAACUGAACCAUUAUAUUCUUGUCUUGAUCAUCGUCCUUCAAACAUUCGACCUGAAAUAUCAACGAAUGCUUUUCCAAUAGGGAGUCGUAUUUGCGUACUGGAAAUAUCGAAUACUCGUAAAGCUGGUUUUGCAAUCAGUAAUACGAAUUCACCACCAUAUAUUGUUUGUAAAAUUGAAAAUAAAUCGCCAGCAGAAAAAGCUGGUUUAAAACUUAAUGAUAUACUUUUAUCCGUUAAUGGAAAAUCAUUGACUGAAACAAGUUACAAAGAUACUGUUCAAUUAAUAAAAGAAGCACUUCAACAAAAAACUAUUCAAAUGGUUGUUAAUCAACAAUCAUCAUCAGAAGAAAAUCAAACAAAAGAAAAAAGUAAAUCAUUGACAAGUCAACACAGUGACCAUAGUGAUGUUCUAAUCGUUGAUUCAAAAGAAAUAAAUUCCAACACUAUCAACACUGUACAACAAUAUCAAAGGCAACGAACUAAAGAAUUAUCUUACACAUUACGACUUUGUCAUUUACAUGCAACAAAUACUACUGAUGGGAAACCAACAAUAACAUUCGGUUUUGAAAUAACCGAAGAUCCUGAUUAUGAAUAUCCAGUUAUAUCACAUGUUGAAAUAAAAUCACCGGGUGAACGUGCUGGUUUACAAGUACGAGACGUACUAUUAAAAGUCAAUGAUCGUAAAACAAAAGGUUUAAAAUUUGAGAAAGUUAAAAAAGCAAUUGAAAAAGGUAAACAAGAUGGUCGAUUAGAAAUUCUUGUUGUUGACAAAGAAGUAUUUGAUUAUUGCAAAAGAACAAACAAAAAAUUCAAACAACCUGAUAUUAAAAUAAAACAUAUUUUUCCAAAGAGUCGAUUAUCCACAAGUUUAUUAAAAUUACCUUCAAUAACUGCAACAUCAUCACUUACCCCAGACGAUCGUACAGAACAAAUAACACAUGCUGCUUCUACAUUUAAUGUACAUCGUCUUUCUAUACCAAAACCAGCAGAAUCCGAAGAUAAACAAGUCGAUAAAGUAUCAUCUAAUUUUCAAUCCAAAGUUGACUCUGAUAUUCCAUUACCAAACAAUCCAUAUGAUACUACCGAUACUUCUAUUUUUCAUGAAACACCAUGUAUAUCUCUUGAUUCUGUACUGAAUUCAGUUCAACAAAUGAAUACAUCAUCAGUAGACCAGAAUUUAGCAAGUAAAAAACAAAGAGAAGCAAGCCAAUCAUCAACUGAUCAAUCAAUAAAAGAGUUCAUAUCAAAUACAAUCAAUAAUAUUUUUCAAAACAUUGGAACUCAGAAAUCAGUUCAACCGGAUUAUGAUAUUCCUAUAGAACAUCCCAAGAAUUCAAAAACAUUAACAUCAUCACUACCGACAACUCGCCAUGAUAAAAAUCUUUCUGAACAAGUUCGACAUAUUUCACAAUCAUGCAAUACAAUUUGCUCAAAUCAAUCUAAUGGAUUGUAUGAUUAUAUUAGGGAUCCACGUCGAUGUGUACUCAAAAUAGAACGCAAUAAAGGGCUUGGUUUUAUUCUUAGUGCCACAAAUGAUUAUGAUCAUACGAUUACUGCUGUUGAAAAAAAUUCUGCAGCUGAUACUGCUGGCUUACAAAUAAAUGAUGAAAUCAUCGAAAUUGAUGGUCGAUUUGUAAGAAAUAUAAAAUAUGAACAGGUGGUUGAUAUACUCAUUUCUGCCAUGCACACUCGUGAAACAGUUGAAUUAUCUGUUGUUAAUAGUCGUUCGAGUGAUAUUUAUCUACCAUCAAUUGAUACACAUAAGACAACAAGCGUUAAUAAUUUAUCAAAUAACAGUAACAAUAAAAACAGUAAUAAUAAUAAUAAUAAUAACAAUAUUUUAAUGGGCACAACAUGUACAACAACUGUUUUGGAUAAAAAUCAUAUAAUUAGUCGAUUGGAUAGUCUCAGUCAACAAAUAAUGAACAGAAUUUAUACUAAUUUGCCAGAUCAAUCGAACAUCUUUCAUAAUACUAUCAAUCAAAGUCUCUUUGGAAGUUUACCGUCAAUAAGCACAGGAAUUGCUUCUUCACCUAAAGCACCUUUGUCGGAGAAAACUAAUUCAAUGGCAUCGUUAAAAAACUCAUGUAGCAAUAUAUUGGAUAGCUAUAAAAAAGAUGUACCCACUGCAAGACUUUGUCGUAUUCAAGAAUUUCAAUCAUCAUCGUUCUACGGUUUCUUUCUUUGUGGAGAUCCGAAAAAGCUUGGUCGAAUAUUCAUUGCUGAUAUAAGAAAAAAUUCAUCAGCAGCUCUUUGUGGAUUACGUGAUGGUGAUCAAAUUAUUGAAGUCAACGGUACAAAUAUUCAAGCAUUGACUUAUGAAACAAUCUUAAACAUGAUAAAAAUACACAUGGAGCAUCGUGAUCUUGAAUUACUUGUACUUGACAAAAAGUCUUUUCGUUGGUACCAGGAACGAAACUAUCCAAUGACCUUACAAACAUUACCAACCAUUGUUCAUAUUGAACCUAUUAUUAAUGAUAUAAAUUCUGAAAAAAAGUCUUCACAAGUAUUUGAUAGAAAUACUGACAAUACCGAUUCAAUUGAUCAACAAGUAUCGACCACCAAUCUUUAA